ACUGACUGGCACAGCCGCUGGGCACUGACUGGUGGCACUGACUGGCAGCACUGCUGGGCUGCACUGGUGGGUGGCACUGGUGGGCAGCACUGGUGGGUGGGCACAGGUGGGUGGCACUGGUGGGCACAGAUGGGUGGUACUGGUGGGCACAGGUGGGUGGGCACAGGUGGGUGGCACUGCUGGGCACAGGUAGGUGGCACUUCUGGGCACAGGUGUGUGACACUGCAGAGUGGCACAGGUGGGUGCACUGCUGGGCACAGGUGGGUGUGGCACUGAUAGGUGGCACUGACUGGCACUGAUAGGCGGCACUGAUGUGCACUGAUAGGAGACACUGACUGGCACUGAUAGGUG